CGUUUACUGUCAUUUUGCUCCAUCUUCAAAAAAACCUGUACUUACUAUUUGUUUUUUCGUCACAAUACCACCUGUUUCGUUGAGUUCGCAAGCCGUUUAUUAAAUUGUGAUCAAAGAUUAAUUUGUUGAGUUUUGUGUAAGUUAUGACCAUCGGAUUUACAAGAGUAAUAAAGCUGAGUAGAAGUAUUCAUCCGAAGGUUUAUUACAGUAAUACUGUCCCUAGCCAUCGUAGACUUCGAUCAAGGAUGGACGAGAAAGUAAAAUGCCGCGAGAACCCUGUUUUAUUUAAACUAGAUUCCAUUGUAUUCAAGAAUAUUAUAUCUCCCGAAGUUAAAGACUUAAAGAAACUCUUUGAUAAGUAUAAUUACGAGAUUAGAAUCGCUGGAGGAGCUGUGAGAGAUUUACUCAUGGGCGAAGAACCUAAAGAUCUUGAUUUUGCCACACCAGCAACACCACAGCAAAUGAAAGAAAUGUUUACAGCUGAAAAUGUUCGAAUGAUUAAUAUGACUGGAGAGAAACAUGGCACAAUCACACCAAGGAUAAAUGAUAAAGAAAAUUUCGAAGUCACCACCCUUAGAGUAGACGUAAUCACUGAUGGAAGACAUGCAGAAGUUGAAUUUACUACAGAUUGGAAGUUAGAUGCUAGUAGAAGAGAUUUGACUAUAAAUUCUAUGUUUUUAGGUUUUGAUGGAACAAUCUAUGACUAUUUUUUUGGAUAUGAAGAUUUACAGAAAAAAAGAGUAACAUUUGUAGGAGACCCAGAUGUGAGGAUAAAGGAAGAUUACCUUAGAAUUAUGAGGUACUUCCGCUUCUAUGGCAGAAUAGCUGAGAAACCAGACAAUCAUGAGGAAUCUACAUUAAAUGUGAUGAGGAACAAUGCUGAAGGUUUACAGCAGGUAUCAGGAGAGAGAAUUUGGAUGGAACUAAAAAAAAUACUUCAAGGAAACUUUGCUGGAAGUUUGUUGAAGAUUAUGCUAAAUGUAGGAGUUGGGAAGUAUAUUGGGUUGCCUCCUGAACCAAAUAUUGAAGAAUUAGAAAGACUACUGAGAAGAGCUGAGCAUCUGAACCUAUAUCCAAUAAGCUUCUUAGUAGCAUUGUUGAAGAACAUGGACGAAGUUACAAUGUUACACAAUAGACUCAGGUUUUCUGGAUAUGAUAGAGAUAUGGCUUAUUUUCUGGUGGAACAUAGAGGAGAUAAAGAUUCACCUUUGCGACCAAUGUUGCCAUAUGAAAUGCUUGUAUUAAACAGUAAAAUAAAACAAAAAGAUGCAAUAGAAUAUGUCAGAGAAGUUUUAAAGUACAGAGGUGAUGAAAUGCUCCUAGAAAAAUUGAAUAAAUGGGAAGUACCUAGAUUUCCAGUUGGUGGAAAAAUACUCAAAGACAAAGGGGUACCCCCAGGAAAAAUGUAUGGUCCAAUAAUAAAUAAACUAAAGAAAAUAUGGAUAGAGAAUGAAUAUAAAGACACUGCUGAUGAUUUAGUGAAACAUAUUCCUAAUAUUUUAGAAGAAAAUCUGACAUUAAAGAAGGUUAAAUAA